CGUCUGCUGUCAGUCAAGCAAGGUCUGUGACAUUAUGCAGUUAUUUACGAGAGAUUAAGCGGUUUGUUUUCAUGAACUAGCAACGCGCAGCUCAGUGACACGCUGGAUAUCCGCCAACUAGCACACAGUUGGAUUCUACCAGGUUAGUCGUUCCAAGUCUAGAACGGAGGUUGUUUAUGUUCAUCAGAAAGUCGUUUGGUGAACGAUCGCCAGCCACUCGGCUUCAAAGGUCAACGAUACUCAGGUCUCCCAAACAAUCCCUUCAGCCUCAGAGGAGCAGUUCAGGAGGUGAUAAUGGACAGUUAAUGUCUACGGCACUCGAUGGAAGCUCCAGUCACAGCCGCCUCUCCUCCCAACUCCUCCGGCCUGCCACCGGCCCCCAUCCCUCUGCAUCCAGCCGUCGCUCCAUCGGUGGAGCUCGGCUUCACCAUCCUCUACACCACUCUGUACGCCGGACUCUUCCUGGUGGUGUAUGUCCAGCUCUGGCUCCUGUACCUGUACAAGCACAAAAGAUGGAGCUACCAGAGUGUCUUUCUGUUCCUCUGUGUUCUCUGGGCUGCCCUCCGGACAACUCUGUUCUCCUUUUACUUCUGUAACGCUCUGGAGGCCAACCACCUACCUGUGGCAGCCUACUGGCUGCUUUACUGCUUCCCUGUGUGUCUGCAGUUCUUCACUUUCAGCCUCAUAAACCUUUAUUUUACUCAGGUCUUACUUAAAGUUAGAGAGAGUUAUUGCUCAGAAGGGAACAAAAAACUGUGGGCGGCGCGGUUGUUAUACGGGAGUUUGAACGCAUUCUUCCUGUGUGUCAACGUUGUUUGCGCCUCGCUGGGCGACAGAGGCCGUCGCGCUUCAGGGGAGCAGACAUGGAAUCUCGUCUUGGUUCGAGUCCUGGUCAACGAUUUCCUCUUCAUUUUGGAUGCAGUGCUUCUGGCAGCUCUGCUGAUGCUGCUGGCGCGGCACUCGCGCUCCACCAGCCCGUACCUGAUCAGCAGGGGGACCACAGUGUGCCGUACAGCAGCACUGGGAGUGGCCGUGAUCAUGCUGUUUCUCAGCCGAGCCUGCUACAACCUCACGGCCCUCUUUCUGUCCCAGAACUACCCGUCGUUUAACUUUGACUGGUACAACGUCUCCGACCAGGCUGACUUGCGAGAUGAACUAGGCGACAAAGGCUACCUGGUCUUCGGUGCCAUCCUCUUCAUAUGGGAGCUCCUCCCAACCGGCCUCCUCAUCCUCAUCUUCAGGGUUCGCAGCCCAACUCAGGAGACCAGCAGCAUGACGGUCAACAACAGGGUCCUGCCUCGGCCGUAUUUCUUUGAUGACCCUCAAGGCAGUGAGGAUACACCUGUUCCAUGGGAUCGCAGUUUACAUCCACACGUGAGCUGGUACAGAGGAGAGACUGCUCCUCUCUUGUUUGCCAGCAACCCCUCCGACCAAAACCACCAGCAUCACUCGUUCUACUCAACCCCCCAGAACUGAUCAAGUGCUGUUUAAGAUAAGGGCUGUGGUAUCCACGUUUUUGCACUGAAAACCUUGGGGACGUCAACACCAAAUGUUGAAUAAGCACGUUGUUUUUACUAGACAUAUAUUUAACUUUCUUAACUUAAAGGGAACAAACUCAAAAAAGGAAAAAUUCCUGCUGUCAUAUGAGCCAACACUGAACUCAGUGAGCUUCUCAUAAAGGUCAAUGAGAUGUAGCCAAAGAAUUUUAGCAUUGUAUUACAUGGAUUAAAAAGGUAAAAUAACUUUUGCACGUUCUUAAGAAAUGCACAUUCAACUUGAUGUUCUUAUUAAUUUAGUUCAAUGCAAUAAUUCGUCAAUAGCUGCAGCAUGUUUUUACUUUUCACUUACUUUGAAGCACAAUAAAUACAAGUUGUCGUCUGUCUUUUCUGCUGUUAACAGCAAAGUUCUGUUGAUUUAAUAAUUCAAAUUGGAUCUCUUUUCUUAACACACUUAUUCAUUGCUUUGUGUAUUUUUCUGCCAUACAUUUGCUGACAUUUUUUUACUUGAUUUUAAUUCUGUUCAUAUUAGCUUGUGUUAUAACUCAGUGUUUUGCAUUUAAUUGUGAAUAUUAUUUGUAUGUCUCACUGUGGGCUGUAAUAACAGGUAUUAUACCUGUGGUCUGCCUCUGUGGCAAUCGCUCUGUCAACAACAACCAAUAAAAACUGAAAAUGA